CAUCUAUCCAACAUCAUAAAAUACAAGCAGCAAUGGCGUCCAAUGGUGAUGGAGCCAUUAAACAAUAUAGACUAUUGAUCGCAAAUAGAGGUGAAAUAGCAUUACGCAUUCAACGUACCGCUCUCUUAUUUCCAAGACCUGAACAUCCAAACGUACAAUUCAUUCCUUUUGUUUUGUAUACUCAAGGUGAAGAAGAUGCAUUACACGUAACCAGCGUACCAAAAGAACAGCGUAUGCUUCUACAAGGUAUAGGACCAAGAGCUUAUUUAGAUGGAGAACAAAUCGUUCGAUUGGCAAAAGAGAAGGAUAUUUGGGGUAUCGCACCCGGAUAUGGCUUCUUGAGUGAAUCACCACAAUUUGCACGCUUGGUAGAAGAAAAUGGAAUGAUUUGGUGUGGGCCAACAGUGGAACAAUUGAGCCUUUUAAGCGAUAAAGUGCUGGCAAAAAGACUGGCAAGACAAUGCAAUGUUCCAACUUUGGAGAGUACCACAGGCGAUCAUGCUAGCUUGGCUGAAAUACAAUCAUUCGCAGCUGAACUGAAAAACAAAUCAAAAGGAGAUGCUAAAGUGAUCAUUAAAGCUGUCAAUGGUGGAGGAGGAAGAGGAAUGAGAGUUGUCGAUCUCUCACAACCGAAUGCAAAGAAUUUGGUUGAUGAAGCAUUUGCAGCUUGUGCUCGUGAAGCGAAAGCAUCGUUUGGAGAUGAGAAGUUGUAUGCAGAACGAUUCUUAUCGCAAGCAAGACAUAUAGAAGUACAAGUGAUAGGAGAUGGAAAAGGCAGUGUCACACAUUUAUGGGAACGGGAAUGUUCGAUUCAAAGAAGGCAUCAAAAAGUGAUCGAGAUUGCACCUUCUCCAACAUUGACAGCAGAAGUUCGCCAACAGAUCCUUAAAGCAUCACUAAGGAUGGCAAAAGAAGUGAAAUACAAAAAUCUUGGAACGUUUGAAUUCUUGCUACUGCCCGAAACGGGAGAGUUCUUCUUUAUGGAAAUCAAUCCACGCAUUCAAGUUGAACAUACAAUCACAGAAGCAAUCACAGGUCAAGAUCUUGUUGCGAUACAAUUACGCAUCGCUUUGGGAUGUGCAUUGAACGAAUUAGGAUUGCAAAACAAUGUACUUCCUACCAGGACAGCAAUUCAAACCCGAAUCAAUGCAGAAAAGUUCUUACCCGAUGGUAAUGUGAUCCCAACCAGUGGGAAAUUGACUUCUUUCAACUUGCCAAGCGGACCGAAUAUUCGAAUCGAUACAAGUGCACAUCCUCCAAUCGGUCAUCGAUUCUACCAACAAACACCGUUGUUUGAUUCUCUGUUGGCAAAGGUCAUCUUUUCAGCUCCGACGUAUCCUCUAGCUGUUCAAUUGGCAGAUGCUGCCUUGGCCACAAGCGUAAUCGAAGGGGCAGAUAGCAAUUUAUUCUUUGUUCGAUCUUUGCUACAGGAUGAAGCUGUACGAACAAAUAGGGAUGUGCAUACAAGAUUCAUCGAGCAGAACUUUGAAAGUCUGUUCAAAACAGCUCAAGCUUUGCAACAAGACAGUGCAAGUAUUAAUGGAAGAUCUGAAAGCACUCAAGAGGAUCACCAAAGUGCUUCACCUUCCAAUGCACCGCCAGAAGGACAACAAUCGAUCAAGUCGCCAUUAUCGGGUCUGGUAACACAAGUAAGCGUUGAGAUUGGUCAAAAAGUACAAAAAGGACAAGAAGUUGCUUUGUUAGAAAGUAUGAAGAUGGAACAUGUUAUAAGAGCGGAAGCACAAGGAACUGUCAGACAGAUUCUAGCCAAGAAAGGAUCUUCUAUUAAUGAAGGUGAUGCGAUCGUAUUUGUCGAAUCUUCUGAUAAUGACAAAGAUCAAAAGAACGAUCAAGCAAAUAUCGCGGCAGAGGAAGAAGAAGAUUCGAGUGUUUUAAGACCUGAUUUGGAGGAACUUCUCAAGACUCGACAGCUACAAUCAGACGAAGUACGACAAACAGCUGUAAAGCGUAGAAAAGCAGCAGGAUAUCUGACGGCAAGAGAGAAUGUAGCACGUUUGAUCGAUGAAGGUACAUUUAUCGAAUGGGGAGAUUUAGCAAUUGCUGCUCAACGUACUCGAACAGAUGAAGAAGAAUUACGUGAAAGGACAAGUAAUGAUGGAGUGAUUACAGGAUGGGCAACGGUGAAUGGAAAAUUGCUUGACAAAAAGGAAUUCCAAUCUGCUUCGAAUGCAAGAUGUGCUUUAUGCAUUUAUGAUUAUAUGGUGCUGGCGGGAACGCAAGGUCAUUUCCAUCAUUUGAAGCUUGAUCGUCUCUUCCGCUCGAUCUUACAAAACCCUGCUCCUGUUAUUGUUUAUGCUGAAGGCGGUGGCGGUAGACCGGGCGAUGUUGAUUUGGUGAAUAUGAAAGUGGGUGGUUUGGAUACUCCAAGUUUUGCAUUGUUAGCAGCAAUACAAGCUCGUGGCUAUCCAAGUGUUGGAUUAGCGAAUGGGUAUACAUUCGCUGGAAAUGCGGCACUAUUGGGUACAUGUGAUAUUGUUGUUGCAACAGAAGGAGGCGCAAAAGAUGCACCAAAGCGUGGAGCUACUUCAACAGGAAUGGGAGGGCCCGCAAUGAUAGAAGGAGGAGGGUUAGGUAAAGUAGCACCGCAAGAUGUUGGAAGUGUUGAAAUUCAUUUCAAGAACGGUGAUUAUGAUAUCGUUGUUCCAACGGAAGUAGAAGCAAGCGUGGUAAUCAAGCAAUUGAUCGGCUUUUUCCAAGGUCCUUUGGAAAGUCCACAUUGGAGAUAUACAAAGAAUGAAAAAGACCUUCGCAAAGCUUUACCAAAACAAAGGACAAGGGCUUAUGAAGUAAGAAAUGUGAUCGAAAUGUUAUCGGAUGAUAACACUUUUGUUGAAUUAGGCAAUGGAUGGGGUCAUAGCCUUGUGACAGGCUUAGCACGUUUUGCAGGUCAGCCAAUCGGAAUUUUGGCUUCCUCCGUCCUUUCACCUUUGGGUGGUGCAAUCGACGUACAAUCAGCAAAGAAAGCCACUCGAUUGGUCAAUAUGCUUCACAGAACCAAAGCUGCUCAUCUUUUGAUCUUGUGUGAUACUCCUGGUUUCAUGGUAGGCACUCCAGCAGAAAAGGAAGGAGGUUUACGUGCUUUUGCAGAGUUCUUCUCUGCAAUCACAGGGUUCCAAGAAGGUCAUAAUGGCGGCAGGAUAUUCGGAGUCACUUUAAGGAAAGCCUACGGUCUAGGCGCUCAAGCCCUAUUGGGCGGCUCAACUUUGGCCAACUUCUUCAGCGUUGCAUGGCCACAAGCUGAAUUUGCAGCAAUGGGAAUCGAAGGUGCUGUACGCUUGGGAAUGCGUAAAGAACUGGAAGCAGCUGCAGAAGGCGCUGAACGUGAUGAUCUCUUCCAAUCCUUGGUCGAUAUGAUGUAUCAACGUGGCAAAGCGCAAAAUAUGGCAACCAUGGCAGAAAUUGAUACAGUCAUCGAUCCUGCAGAGACUCGACAAUGGCUUAUCAACGGUUUGCGAUUCACCCGUACCAGAACACCCACUUGGAAAGCUGAUUCCAAGGUCCACUCUUCUCACCUGUAAACAGCGGCAAAAGCCAUAUACCCUUCUUCUCUCUCAAUUUACACACUUUAAUACCUGUCCCCAUCGAUGCUUGAAAUGUCUUUUGAUUGCAUAAGCUCC